AUGGCGAUGGUUGUGGGGUGCUUUGGUCGAGUAAACCCCGAUGAAACUGAUAUGAAUCUGAAUGAUGCUGAAAAUGGUCUAUGGUGCCUGGUGAAUACUGUAGUGCUUUCGAAUUCAAGAAUUGAUGUCCCGGAAUGUAUUCCAGUUUGCCAUGAUGAUGAAAGGUCUUCGUUGUUGCAGUUCAAGGAAAGUUUUAUUAUCAACAUGUCUGUUUCUAGUUUUUCAUCUCUUUCUUAUUCGAAGGUUGCCUUCUGGACAAACAAAGAAGACACAAGAAAUUGUUGCAUGUGGCAUGGGGUUGAGUGUGAUGAGAUCACAGGCCAUGUCAUCGGCCUUGAUCUCAGCAGCAGCUACCUCUACGGCUCUAUUGACUCAACUAGUAGCCUCUUCAAUCUGACUCAUCUUCAGAGUCUUGAUCUUGCAGACAACGAUUUCAAGUAUUCUCAAAUACCCAGUGCUAUCAAGCGGCUUUCUAUGCUCACUAAUCUCAACCUAUCAUUCUCUGUCUUCUCUGGUCAAAUUCCGUCAGAAGUUUCAGAACUAUCCAAAUUAUCCAAUCUUGAUUUGUCGGAUAACAAUUUGGAGACCCUUGUUUCAAACUUGACAAGCCUUGAGAAACUUCAUCUCAGUGGUGUUGACAUAUCAUCGGCAGUGCCUAAAUCAUUGGAAAAUUUGUCUUCCUUGAUAUCACUGCUCUUGGAGGAUUGCAAAUUGACAGGUGAAUUCCCAAUCAAUAUUUUUCAACUUCCAAAUUUACGAAGUCUAAAUGUGGUGUUCAACAAGGAUCUCACUGGAAGAUUUCCUGUGGUACUUGACCAAAAGUGCUCUCUCAAGUCAUUGCUAUUAGGAUUUACUGGCUUCUCUGGGGAUCUACCGUCAUCGAUUGAAAAACUUGCUUCUCUGACUGAGUUGGAUGGUACAAGUUGCAACUUUUUAGGAGUGAUUCCAGCCUCCAUAGGUAAGCUGAAACAACUCACUUCUCUCGACCUUUCUAAUAAUUAUUUUGUGGGACAAAUCCCUCCUUCCAUUGGAAACCUAACUCAGCUCACUUCUCUCGGCCUUUCUUAUAAUAACCUUGUGGGACAAAUUCCUUCUUUCAUUGGAAACCUAACUCAGCUCACUUUUCUCGACCUGUCCUCAAAUCAAUUUAGUGGUCCAAUUCCUUUGUCAUUCUCAAAACUCAUAAAUUUAGAAACCCUUUCGUUGAAUGAUAAUAAUUUAAGCGGAACUAUGAAUUUUGACAUGUUUAAUGGCCUAAAAAACCUCACUACCCUUAUUCUAUCCCAAAAUAAUUUGUCACUACUUGUUAGUCCUCAUGAGAUAAAUGAAACAUUUCCACAAUUCACAUCUCUACAAUUGUCCAAAUGCAAUUUAAGGAAUUUUCCUGAAUUUCUUAGACAUCAAAAACAAAUUCAGUCUUUGGAUCUUGAAGAUAACCAUAUUGCUAGUCGAAUACCAGAUUGGAUGUGGAACAUGAGCAUGGAAAGCUUGCAGGCCAUAACCCUUUCUAAUAACUCCUUGAUAGGAGAACUUUCACCUACAAUAUGUCGUCGUAGUUUUCUAAAACUCCUUGACUUGUCCCAUAACAGGUUAGGUGGUAAGCUUCCCCAAUGUUUCGGUAACUUUAGUAAGUCAUUGUCAAUACUAAAGCUUAGAAACAACUCUUUUUCAGGCAACAUUCCCCAAUUUACAAAAGGAAACCAUCUGACAUUUAUUGAUUUUGGUUAUAAUCUAUUUGAAGGGAAACUAUCAAAAUCACUUACGAAUUGUAACAUGCUUGGUUACCUCAACGUUGAAAGAAAUAAUCUCAGCGAUGUUUUCCCUUAUUGGUUGGGGAGUCUUCGAGAGCUGAGACUUCUUAUAUUGCAAGCUAAUGAAUUCCAUGGAGUUAUAAGGGAGCCCAAAACAAACCAUCGUCAAUUUGCAAAGUUACAUAUAAUUAAUAUAUCAUUCAACUCCUUCAAUGGAAGACUGCCAAUUGAAUACAUACAGAGUUGGAAGGCCAUGGAAAGUACAAGCGCUGAAGACUUUGAAUAUAUGAUGGCAAUUGUACCUUUUGAAUUCAAAGAAAAUAGUAGUAUUCAUAUUUUUGGUCAAUACCCUUUCCAAAUUACAAUAGCAGUCAAGAGCAGGCAUAGAUACUAUCAGCAGAUCCAAAAUAUUAUUGCAGUUAUAAAUCUCUCCAACAAUAAAUUUGUUGGAGAAAUUCCUGAAGCCAUUGGAAACUUGAAGGGGCUCUAUUCUCUUGACCUAUCCAACAACCAUCUCAAAGGUGGAAUUCCAUCAUCACUGAGUAAUCUAAGAGCUCUUGAAUCCUUAGACAUUUCUCAAAAUGCUCUUUCAGGGAAGAUCCCUAUUGAGUUAGACCAACUUUCUUUCCUUCAAUACUUCAAUGUUUCACACAACCAACUCUCAGGAUCUAUACCACAAUAUCAUCUCAGUACCUUUGAGGCCAGUUCCUACGAGGGAAAUGUGGGAUUAUGUGGUAUGCCACUACAAAACUCUUGUGGACACUCCAGUCCACCAGAACACUCAUUUCCAUCAUCAGAAGAAGAGUCAAGCUGUAUUUUUCAAUUUGGCUGGAAAGUUGUUGCGAUAGGAUAUGGAUGUGGAUUCUUAAUUGGAUCGUUUGUUGGGAAAAUUGUGAUUGCAAGAAAACCUAAUUGGUUAGUGAUGACCUUUGGGAUAAGGAGCUGA